UUUCUCCCCCCUUUUAACAAAAUGUUCAAGGAGACAAACGCCCCCACCAUGCUGUUUGGAGGGGCGGUGUUGAGUCAUUCCUGUCUUCCCCAGACUGCCCACCUACUUUUGACUCGCACAAAAGACCGCCGCGCUCGAACCGCUCAUGAAAACACACUUUUGGUUUAUUUCACCGCGGAGCGAAGAUGGCAACCGAAUCGGUGGAGAUGGUAGGCGACAGAAACGGCGAUGCGGAGGUACGGCUACAGGACCGCUGGGGCAGCCAAAGGGGAUCCUUGAACAUGAACAGUUAUGCCAAUAAGAAGAGUGCUGCAGAAAGCAUGCUGGAUUUGGCACUGCUAAUGGCCAAUGCCUCCCAGCUGAAGGCCGUGGUGGAGCAAGGGUCAGACUUCACCUUCUACAAACCCCUCGUUGCUCUCCUAAGUCUCUCCAUUAUCUUUCAAAUCGUGGUGGGUGUCCUUCUUAUCUUCAUCGUGAACUGGAACUUGAAUGAUGAAAGCACGCACAAUAAAGGCAAUACUUUGGAGAACAUCGUGACAGUACUUGUGCUCCUUAUUGUCAUUGCCAACAUCAUCAUCACAGUCUUCGGUGCCCAGCGGCCUUUGAAUCAAAGUGCAUGA